UGACGGAAAGAAAUAAAAAGAAGAAGACAAACACGGGUGUCCUUGUGAACGUUGGCAUCCUCGCAAUUUUAUAUCCUACAUUUUUUUUUACAAUAAAUUACAGCUAUGAAGGUUAAUCCUGAUAAAUGGUACCGGAAUGCGUCAAUGCUGUAUGCUAUUGGUGUUUGGACCGUACUUGGUAGUUUAUUUUGUAAAUACAGGUUCGGAGAUAACGUAGCCAAAGUUGAACAGGUCGAUGACGACGAGCAUAACGUGGAGGUAUAUGAAACAAAAUAUACUCGGACCACAAUUAUCUACAAGAAGGAUUCUGUGCCAUAUUCCACAAUGCUUCUCAACUACAUCAAUUCUAAGUUUGGGAGCUCUAAAGAGAGUCAAAACAAGAAGACGGAAAUGAGCUGACUGUUUGCUUGCUUGGUUUUCAGAAGAAAAGAUUCAUUGUUUUUUCAUUUCUAAAUUAAAAAGCAAAAUCUGUGUUUUGCAAUGCUACGACAUGAAUAACGUAUCUGAUGGUUGGCUUUGGAGAUCUAAAGGUGAAUAUUUUGUUCGUUGCAUCGGUGUUAAAUAAACAGUUGACCCCAAAAAAGGAAAUUUAAUGAAGAGUUUACUCACAUUAAAGACAAGGGUGAUUUAGUUUUGCUUCCAGAACAGAUUAAUUGAAAUGUAACAUUAAGUUCCUUGUUCAGUGGAUCCUCUGCAGUGCAUGAGUGCUGUCAGAAAGAGUCAGAUGGCACCUCACAGCAAUCCACACCACUUCAGCCCACCACUUAAUGUCAUUAAAUAAAGUCAAAAGCUUUGUAAUAAA